GUCAGAUCAGCUUCAGAGAUCGAGACGUUACACGCGGUCCACGUGCUCGCUUAAUAUCUGUGAUGUACAAAUUGGGGAGCUUCAUUCCAGCAGCAAAAGUUUGUCAUCAGCUAAGAAGGGGUAUUUUCUAUUUUCAAAAUAUAUUGGAGAAGACGGAGUGUCAAACUGGUACAAACUUUGUUGGAGCAGAUACAAUUGUUUGGGGGUUUAAGAGCACCAUCAAUCAAAGGAGACUUUCAACCUCAACCAAUAUGGCUCAGAAGGUAACAAUGAUAUUGGACUGUGACGUUGGAGUUGAUGAUGCUACAGCCCUGAUGAUGGCUUUAGGUCAACCUAACGUUGAUUUAAUGGCUAUCACCUGUGUCAGUGGGAAUGUAGGAGUUAACAAGGUGGCCAGCAAUGCUCUUCGAGUUUUACAGGAGUGUAACAGAUUGGAUAUCCCUGUCUACGUUGGUGCGACAACAAGCAUUAUAGGAACCGCCAGAGAUGCUGUGUGUGCACAUGGAGAUGAUGGUCUUGGAAAUAUCCCCAAACCAAAGGCCCCGCCCAGUUCAGAUCUGCUCCAAUCAGAACAUGCCAUUCAGGCCUUGAUACGCAUGGUCAACGAGCACCCUCAUAAAAUAACCCUAGUGGCCAUUGGUCCAUUGACGAAUGUUGCAUUAGCUUUAAGGCUUGAUCCAUUGUUUACUAGUAAAUUGAAAGAUCUCAUCAUCAUGGGAGGAAACAUCAAAGGAAGGGGCACAGGAUUCUGGACUGCCGAGUACAAUUUUGGAUUUGACCCUGAGGCUGCUCAUAUCGUCUUAGAAGAAACCAAAUGUCCAACACUCCUUGUUCCUUUAGAGACAUGCAUUGACCAUGGUUUAUCAUUGGAUUGGUUUGACAAGCUUGCCUCAAAGGAUUCGCCCAGGGCGCAAUUCAUGCACGCCAUGAACAAACGAUCUACCACUCGCUGUAGGGAAGUACAGAAGCUACCCACGUAUAUGAGUGCUGAUGGAAGCGCCAUGGUGGUUGCGAUCGACAGAGACUCAAUAGAGGAAUCUGUUCAUUCUGUUUGUAAGGUAGAGUUACAAGGUAUGUUAACAAGAGGACAGGUAGUGACUCAUAAACUCAAUACACCAUGGAUACCUGAGCUGAAGGGGGUGGAGAUUGAAGUCGUGACCAAAUUUGACAUGAAACUCUUCUAUAAGAUGUUGAAUGAUGCCGUUGUUUAGUUUGGUCUGACAUAGCGCCAUUUGGCUAACAGCCAGGGUAUGAGCUUAUGAAAUAGUUACUGCUGAAAUAAAAGUAUAGAAGUAUGCUGUUGGAGCAAUGCAUUUCAUUUCAUCAGCAGAUACACAUAUCUGAUAUGUUUGAACAGAGUUAUAAUGAUAAUUGGAUUUAGGCAUCACUUUUUGCCAGAGGAUACAAGGUACAACUAUGAUUAUCUGGCUUUAGCUUGAGCUACCUCAUCAUUAGCAGUGUUCAGUGCAUUCAAGGAAUUAAUCCUACUGGGUACCCAUUCAUCUCUCCUGGGUUGAGUGCAGCAGAAUGUGGAUCAAUUUCUUGCUCAAGUAAAACAUGCCUUGCUUAGGAUUUGAAACCAUGACCUUUUGUUUGAAAGACGAGAGUGAGAACCACUAGACAAUGAAUAUAGUAGUGUCAACAAAGGUUUUAGUUUUGGUUGAACCAUUUAAAGUCAAUCCUCCAGUCGCUAAGUCCAUAUACUUGUAUUUCUGAACUGCCUAUAUGCUUCUUAGACUUGUAACAGUUUUGGAAUUCAAAACCUGAAUGUAGUUUUCAAAUAUGUGAUGAAAACUUAAAAUAGCUGUUUAGUGAAGGACGUGUUCAAAUCCAAUGUUGGCUACCCUAGUAUGUCAGAUCUUUGAGUGAAUAUAAUAGAUAUUAUAUAUCACCAUCUAUUUGGAAAUAAUCUUUUCUUCUGUGCAUAAUUAAAGGAGAAUAAAACCUUUGGAACAAGAAAGCUUGUGUGAAAACAGAAAAAUCUAAGAAACAGAUCAACGAAAGUUUGAGAAAAUCGGACAAAUAAUGAGAAAGUUAUGAGCAUUUGAAUAUUGCGAUUACCAAUGCUAUGGAGAUCCUCACAUUGGCAAUGCGACAAAGAUGUGCGAUGUCACUUGUGAACAACUCGCCCUAUUACUUAAGUAUAUAUUUCACUAAAACUACCUCUUUUAUCACAUCUAUCAGUAGAUCAUGUGCUCUUUCUAUAGGAGGGCAUGUAAUACAGGUUUUUAAAUACAUCAUGGAUAAAGAGUUGGAUCACCAUAAGAAAAAUCAAAAAGAGACAAUUGGGGGGGUAUUUUAUAGUCCAUCAAAGGGAAAGUUGUUCACAUGUGACAUCACACAUCCUUGUUGCAUUGCCAAUGGGAGGAUCUCCAUAGCAUUU